GGACGUACCGGCGGGGAACGCGAGUCUCGUUAGUGAUGGAUUUUCUCUCGUACGCCGCGUAGGCGGGCCAGACGGUCUACGUGCAAACGGGGCGCACGCGCCGGACGGAGGAGAGCGGCGUUUCAAAAGAGAGAGAGAAAGAGAGCGCUCUCUUUCUCCCUCGCCGUCGUGGUAUCCGGAACCCACCCGCUUGCGCGCGCGCGCACGCGCGCGUGCGUGUAUAAUCCUCCUCCCCUCCCGCGCUCGUCUCGCUGUCGGUCGCGACGAAAGACGCGCGCGCGGUGAAAAUACAUCCUCGCCGUCUGGCGGCAGCGUCGAAGCGUUCAGUCAAUUAGCCGUAAUGGCACGACCUGCCGCGUCGGUCUCGGUCAAUUAAGUGGUGAUUAGUGCGCGGACUGUGUGCCGUCGUUCUCGCGCGUAUAUCUCUCUCUUUCUCUCUCCCCCUCCCCCGCAUACGUGCCGCCCGUCCGUCGAGUCGCAUCAGCCGAUUCCAACGGCAGCCGCUUCCCGCGUGGAGGGGAGAAGGAAAAGGAGAAGGAGAGUUCUUGUUGCCACGACGAGAGAGCAACGCGCGUCUCGGUGUCGAACGUCACCGUGUCGCAAGGUCGGAAGGUGGACGGCGCUUCUCGGCGGUUCGACGGCGGUGCCUCUCUGCUCACGGCGGCGCGUCAAGUCGACGCGUCGGUUAACGCGCGUGUGCGUGCGCGCGCGCGCGCCUGCGUACGGUGGUAGAGCGAGCGCUCGCGGCAGUGGCGGCGGCGGGCCCGAGGCCGUAAAUCACGCGUGGAUGAGAGGAGACGAGGAGCAGUCGGUGCACACACCCGCGAGAAUGCGAGCCGGCCGGUGAUAGUCCGCCGAUCGGAAGGGAUCGUUCCGCAGAGCCGAUUACGCGCGUCUCACGCUCGCGCGCCUGUCAAACGGCGACCCCGCCGAUCGUUCGAUAAUACGUCACUCCAGAUUCCAGUGAAUACCGACGAGAGCUCGCGAACGGUGAGGAGAUUCUCGUCGUCGGACCUAAAUCUCUCGUCGCGUGGAUUCACGUGCCGCGAGUGUGCGUGAAUCGCGGAGCCGAAGACCGGUGAAAACGGAACACUUGAAGGACAGAUGAUGCCUCGCGAUCGUGCACGUCCGCUCGCGAAGGAAAUUCGUAGGUAUCGCUGCGUUACCGAAAUCUUCGUAACCGUCGUCGCCGUCGCCUCGGCAUAGCUUCCUCCGCAACCGCGUCGACGCGCGUAUCCACGUUCACUCGUUUUGUGCCAACGCUCGACGAGGGACCAGUCAAAAUGGAUUUCCGGGCGCCGCAUCCGCUCGUGCACCCUUCGCACGCCGGACACCCUUACUAUUAUCCAGGUCUACAGCCGACCAGCACCAAAGCUCAGCCGACCUCGAUCGGCAAGUCCCACCGACCCAGUUCCGGCGUACUACCUCAGGGUCACACCCCGGGACCUGGACCGGGCGGGCAGCAGAAUAGCAGAAGCUUCGCCGCCGCCCUUAGGAACCUGGCCAAGCAGGCGGGCCCGGCACCUCAGGAAGAGGAACCUCGUGCUAGCCCGAAGAACCGGGCGCCGCCGCCCUUGGUCAGAGGUCCUUCUCCCGCUAAGGAGCGAUCGACGCACGAACGGAGACCCGAAGAGAUUCCCUCCUUGUACACAACUGCCAGACCCGUUGAAACCAGCAAACACAGCGUAACUGCCGCGGCUACCGAAUUGCUGGCCCGUUCCGGUUUUCAACCGUAUCGGCCCGAGCACCAUCCGGCCCAUCCACCGGCGUUCGCCUUGGAUCCCGCGACCUACAGCGCCUAUCAUCCCGGUCUCUAUCCACCACCGCACCUGCCGCAUUAUAGGUUAGAGGAACAGUUGUACUUGGAGCGAUGCGGAAUGAUAAGACCACCGUUAUUUCCCGGACUGCCGUCGUAUCCUCUGUACGGACUGAGAUACAGUCCCGACAUGCUUCCUCCGCCGCCCGCCUCUCUGGGCCUCAUGUCUCCUGUGAUGCACGAACGACUGAAGCUGGAGGAGGAGCAUAGACUACGACAAGCACGGGAGCAGGCUGCAUUGCGGGAGGAGGAGGAAAGGAGAAGAGCAGCGAGAAAUUCUGCUCCCGCUGCCCCGGUACCCGCGCCUGCACCUGCAUCCGCUGAUACUGCAGCUAGGAAGCCGACCAUAGCGGCUCAGAUGCAUAGCGACCGGGACCGAGAACGCGACAGCAGAGAACGACAGAGCGGCGGCGGUGGUAGCAGCACUGGUGCCAACACCAGCAAUACCGGUAAUACCGGUGGAAGCAACACCAGCAAUGCCGGUAAUUCCAGCAGCAACACGAGCGGACCCACCGUCACCAUCGGUACCAAUCAUCAUCAAUCUCGAAAAGAAGAGCAACAGUCCUCCGCUCCGUCAGCUGCACCACCGCCACCACCCUCCGACCCAACAACGGCAGCAGCAGCAGCAGCGGCAGCCACCAUCUACCAUCCUCGUCUGCCACCCUUCCCCAGUCCAGCGGCACCUAUCGGACCGUCCCUGGGCUCUACUUCUAUAUGCUCUGCCAACUCUGCGCCCAUUCCACCCCCUUUGGGUUCCACUUUGCCUCCUCUGAACCUUGGGCCGCCACCGUCGGCGGCUAUAAGCUCGGCGCCGAUCGGUCCACCGAUACCAUCCAUCCCAUCCUUGACGCCGGGUGUGAUAGGACCACCGCCGCCACCCCCGCUAUCUUUAGGCAUGUCUCUUCCGCCUAUCAUUUCUAUUCCCUCCCUUCACUUGCCCCCCGUGCCGUCGAGUACCAUUCAUUCUAGUCAGCACACAGCCACGAUAAUGAGCAGCGCGACUACCACGGUCACCAGUUCCAUUUACCACCAGCAGCAACAACAGCAUCAACAACUCCCGUCGCAACAACAACAGCAGCAGCAGCAGCAUCAUCAUCAACAACCGCGCGCCAAUAGCACAAGCGGUACGACGACUACGAGUUCUCUACCCGGCACGAUGACUACGCAUGCGACGCCGAUACCACCGAGUAGUACUUCGUCGACAUUGAACACUAUAAAUCACAUGGCGCAUAAAUCUCCGCCGUUGUCCCAUGGCGUUCACGUGUCCAGAAGCAAGGAACCGAUGACAGUCACGACAACAGCGGGAACGUUGCCUACGACGGCGACCAUGACUACAACAACGAGCACUACGACGACGUCGCAACCGGCUUUUGUAAGGCCUUUCGAAGAUUCGUUCCGUUCCUCUUCGACGAAAUCCCAGCAGAGACAACCAAUAAUGAAUAGUCACAAUCACACAGCAGCAGCACAGCAGCAGCAGCAGCAGCAGCAGCAGCAGCAGCAGCAGCAGCAGCAGCAGCAGCAUGCUCAACCCAAGCUCAAUGUACCGACGAUAAACACCAGUCAUAACAUCAGUGGUGCCGUGAGCGUCACGACGAAUUCGAAUAUUACGAAGCAGCAGAAUGCCCAUCACGCUGGUGAGUCUCAUCAGACGACGACCACGACGAUUCCUCGAAAUGACAACAUGACUAAUAACUGCGUCUCCAGCGAAAAAACAAUGAUUAAUAGCGGUUUCAGUGCUAAUAAUCAAGUUAGCAGCGGUACGAAAAUCGCGAAUCAUACGAGCGCGCAUCACAAGAGCAAUUCGGACGUCACGACGAAGGAGAACAAGCUGAACGCGUUGAAUGAGAAGAGUGUGAAUGAGAAUACGAUUAGACAGCCGCAGUUGCCGACUCAAAAUCACGUCGCGACCAAUUCGCUUCAGGAGAAAGCCGCGCUCCCACAUCUGCCGCCUUAUGAACAGCAAGGGAAGGGCUUGCAGCCUUUUCACCCGAUGAGUUAUAAUCUCGGCGAGAAGGAGUGCAAGACCGAAAUCGAUUGUAUAUCCAAGAUGCAAAAUGAUCAGAAUAAUAUUUUGUCCACAUUACCGUUUCAACCGAGCUUUAAGUUCAGCAUAAAUGACAUCGCGCAAAAGCCGAUGGACACGACGCAGCUGAUGCAGAGUAUCAAGUCCGAGGAGGUGUUGCGCACUUGUCAAAAUGUCUCCAACGUGCUCCUGCAGAUCCCGAAGUAUCAGGAAAAGCUCCUGAACUUCUCGACAAGCAAUAACGAGCUGAAGACGACCGCGUUUUGCUUUACCGACAAGUGCAAUAAUUUGACUGAGAUUUCCGUGAAGUGCGAACCAGCGGUACUGAAUGUGCCUGAUCUCAGCAAGGCUCUGGGCAAGCAGGAUGUCAUUGGUAAUGAGAAAUCAUUCCUGAUACCUGAGAUGCCGAAGGAGUUGACGUCGUCCCUCGAUCUGGCCGAAAAGAGGCGUAAGCGGAGGAGGGAAAGAAACACGGGCGUUACGUGUAGUUCUGAUUCGGAAGGCGAGGAAGAAACCAAAGACGUGGAUCUUUGGAUCACAAAAGGUCCGCCGGCUAAAUUACAAUAUUCGAAGGACAAAUUGGCCUUUCUAGCUAUGUUCGAGCUGACUACACUGACUAUCAGGAACGAGAUAGAAUUGUGUAAGGUUGAGAAAAGAUACAGAUUGAAUCCUGAUCCACCAGAACUACCUCUGGAAGCAGAACCCGUAAUAGAAUCCAUCUUACCGAUUCCGCGUGAGCAUCCGGACGUUUUGCUUCACACGCCAGAUUUCGAACCUAAGGUUGGCUUUCUCAGGACUAUAGGUCUCGAUGUUAUGCCUCCGAAUAAAAGAGAUGAGGCGGAAGUGACAUGGCAGUACGUUCUGGCAGAUCGCAAGAAGCGGAAAAGUGCAAAUUCCGUUACUGCCUAUUGUGAAAGAAUCGCCAAAGUUUAUUCUAGGAAUCCUCCAGCUUUACCAAAACCACCUCAAAAAAUGCGUCUUCUGGACAGAGUUAAAGUGAAGCAUAUUCCGGAACGACCGCCACCUCUACCGCCACUAGUUCCGAAUAUAGUUUCGAUGUACUAUCCUACUUUACCUAUGCCUGGUGAGAAUGGCGUGAAGCAACAUUGUAAAACCAUAGACAUCAGCGAGAGCGCCGACGAAAUGAAUGAGAAAAGAGAAAAACCGAGGUGGACGGGAAUCGAGGAUGUUAUGUUUGCCUAUAUGGAGUAUUUAAAAGAAAAGGCAUUGGAGAGAAAGAUUCUAACAAGCGAAACAUCAAAACUGAUAACACAGUUUAAUAACUUGCGUUCCGAGACUGCUCAGUUACAACGGAAAAUCUGCGAACUCAACUCCGUCAGUGCAGCACUUGAUUCCGAGGAGCGUAUGCUCCAGGACAAAAUUGAGAAGAUCAAGACAAUUGUUAGGAAUCUUAGAUAGCGUUGCGUAACGCACAACACGGAAACUCAUUCAUCUGUGAUAUUAUCAGCGGGUUAAGGGCCGUUAGCGCGUAAUACACACGCACUGCUAAACGUAAUACUUAGAUAAGUAACGGUUAAGGACAAACUCUUGAGUGACCAAAUGUACAGCGAUCCUUCGUAUUGUUUUGCAUAUUUUAUUAUAUAGUAUGACGCGUCCCCUUUUUGCCGUCGAGAAUCGAACGUGUUGAGCGAAAAGCUCUCGGCUCUCAGCUGUGGUGCUCCACAGAAGGCCAGCGAUCACGUUCGGCUUGAACACGUUACCGCACUAAUUAAUAGAUAUUAUUUUUUCGCGCGCAUCCGCGGAACAUUGGCGAGCGCGCCGAUCAUUAUAAUCGUAAACGCGGAGUCAUAUCAACCGUACCUUACAAGGACAUGUAUAAAGCUCUAAUUGUACAAAUCGAAUUGUAUCUCAUCCGUGGAAAGACAGUUUUUAUCAAUCGCGAAUAAAAGGACAAAGGCUUUCUAGUUUCACAACUAACGGCUCUUACACUCCAAGCAUAAAUAAUUGUAAUUUGUAUCAUAUUUUAAUAUUUUAAAAAAUAGACAAAUCGUGUAACUUAUUUUAUUCUGCGUAAUGUGGACUUUAACGUCGAGUAACUUGGGAGAGAAGAAAACAAUGAUAUAUCACGCAGUUUGUAUGUCGACCGAUUGAUAAAGCGAAAAUGAAAAGGUAGGACAUUGUAUAAAAUCGAAAGGUGGCAUCGACUACAUCGGACUGGGAAUGUCGAGAAACCGUUUACAUAACAGUGACUACGUCCUUAUUUUUACGUUUAGCAUAAUAAACACGUGUUGUAAAACGGACAUAACCGAUUGGAAUAAGAUCGUAUAAUCAGAAGGUAGCGAGCAUCGUGUAUCUGGACACGAGAAGGGGAAAAAAGUACGGACGGUAGAAUCGUUUUACGCGAGUUCUGCGUUUUUAUUUAAAUCAACGUUAUAACGACACGGGAACUCUAGUCUACGCCCAGGCUACGCGGGGGGAAAAAAAGAUCGUACACAUUGAUGUACGCGUAAGAUCAGCGAUAAGUAGCUAGCGAGCAGUCCUUCCUUUCGAACGUGUCUAACGCUGUAACGAACACGAAGGCCAGUGAAGAUACGGGGAGGAGCGUUAUUAACGUUGUAUAACAAUAUACUGCGGUACUUAGGUAAUGCGACUUAAUUUUUAAAGAGGAAAAGAAAAUAAAAGAAGGAUAAUCGUGAGACUUCUUCGCGCGGAGCACAUUCCACGAAAAAAAUGCUUGUUGCCCGACCAUCAACAUUCCAACGUGUCAUUUUAUCGCGACAAUCGGAUCUUGGACUCGGUGCAAAUCGAGUGGAGAACAAAAUUUAAAAAAAAAAGAAAAAUAAAACAAUAUGCACCGUUGGUUUUUUUUUUCUUGGCGCGUCCAUGUCGUGUAACUGCACUAUCUUUCGCACCUUAAAAGAAAAAAAAAAAAACAAAACUUGCCUCCCGCUUUCUGCUCUCCGAGCGCAUCAUCUCGUCGAUAUAAAUCGCACGCCGUAGAAACACCAUCCGCCCGAACGGUGCGCGCGACAAGAUUACCAUUUAUAGUUUCGCCGUUUCUGUUCAUUGAGUGCCUAACAUUUCUCCCUACAUUUGUACAUACCAUUAUUUUUAUGUAUUAUGUAAUAACAAAGGGGGGACCGCGAGUGCGCGCCGGUCUCAGUCUCAACUGGCCAGAACAAGAGCCUAGGAGUAAAUUGUUGAAAACAUGAA